UUGUGUGAUCGGCACCUGCUGAAUGUGUUUCCAGCAGCAGUCACUCUGACUCGACUCAUUCCCCGUCACUAAAGCUCAACGUUUGUCUGAGACACACCCUCAUAGUUUCAUGACAAGACUUUCCUCAUCAUGUAAUCCAGUGAGUUGAGUUGCUGAAUCUAUGAAAUCUGUACACAGUUGUACAGAUCUUUAUUGCCUCCUCAUCUGAGUUUUUAACAAUCCACCAAAAGAAGACAAAAGAGAAGAUGCUUCGUUCUGAACAAACCAAAAAAACGCUCUCUGAUCACAGGAAAAGUCUUCAGGAUCUAAAAAAGUCCUAUGAAGAAAGUGAAGAGCCUGAGAAACAACAGUUAUGGGAGAUCAUUAAUGAUGAAUUGCAAGACAUCUUGAAGAAAUACUCCUUAUUCUUCUCAAAAAAACAAAUGAAGAUUUUCAACGACCCCAUUCAUGGUCACAUUGAGCUGCACCCCCUCCUGGUGAAGAUCACAGAUACGCCUCAGUUUCAGAGACUCCGUCACAUCAAACAGCUUGGAGGAACAUAUCUGGUGUAUCCGGGAGCUUCUCACAAUCGCUUUGAACACUCUCUUGGUGUGGCGUAUUUAGCAGGUUGUCUGGUCAAGAUUCUUCAUGACAAUCAGCCGGAGCUCAAAAUCACCAAACAGGAUUUCCUGUGUGUUCAGAUCGCUGGAUUGUGUCACGACUUGGGUCAUGGUCCAUUUUCCCAUGUAUUUGAUGGUCUGGUUAUUCCUAAAGCCAAACAAAUAAAAGGCUUGCCUGAUGAAAUCCCUGAGAAGUGGAAGCAUGAGCAGAUGUCAGUGCAGAUGUUUGAUGACAUUGUGAAGAGUUUGAAGGCUGAGAAUGAAGAUGCGUUGAAAGAGCACGAACUGGAUAAUAGAGACGUCAUCUUCAUUAAAGAGUUAAUCGAAGGGGCAAAAGAUUCAGAUGAUAAGUGGACAUACAGGGGCAGAGAUAAAGACAAAUCCUUCCUGUAUGAGAUUGUGGCAAACAAACAGAACGGCAUUGAUGUGGACAAAUGGGACUAUUUCGCACGAGACUGUCAUCACCUCGGCAUUCGUAACAGUUUUGACCACCAGCGUUUGUUGAAGUUUGCUCGAGUCUGUGAAGUGAAGGGGAGAAAUCACAUUUGCUUCAGAGACAAGGAGGCAGAUAAUGUUUAUGACAUGUUUCGCACCCGAUACACUCUCCAUCGCCAGGCCUACCAGCACAAGAUCUGCAACAUCAUUGAAGAAAUGUUUGCUGAAGCGCUCGUUCUAGCUGAUCGUGACCUUCAUGAAGGAAAACCUGAAGAUAUGCUGAAGAUUUCUGAAGCCAUAAAGACGGCAGAGGAAUACAGCAAACUCACAGAUGAGAUCUUUGAGCAGAUCUCGUCCUCCACUGCUGAAAACCUGAAGAAAUCCAGAGACAUUCUGGACAAGAUCGUCAGAAGAAAACUGCCAAAGUUUGUGGGAGAAGCUCGCCUGACUGAGAAAAAUGUGUCAAAGGAAGAGCUGUCGACAACAUGGAAAGCAGCAAUACAGAAGUACAAGCUUGAUAACCCAACUGUUUCUCUGAAUGCUGAAGAUUUACCAGUUUAUGUGGUUGAUCUGGAUCACGGCAUGAAGGACAAAAACCCCAUUGAUUCUGUCUAUUUCUACAGCAAGAGGAAACCCAAUGAAGCUUCUACCAUUAAAGAUUAUCAGCUGUCCAGUUUCCUGCCGAAGACGUUCAAUGAAGAGCUUGUCAGAGUUUAUUACAGAAGAACUGAUGAUCAGACAGCUGAAGAUAAGGAGCAGGAGAAGAAGAAGGUGGAAGAGGCGGAGAAGUGCUUUCAGAUCUGGUGUUCAAACAAUUUUGGACUUCCCUAGACAGCUGAACUACUGACAUAUAUUUCCUCUCUGUGACUUAUACAAAACGUUUUACUUAACAACAACAACAAAAACAACAACAGGGCAGAGGUCCACAUAUGUCACAAAAGCCAAGCAGCAAAAUAUAAAGAAAAAAUUAAUAAUAAUUCAGUUAAGGUAUAUGGUUAUGGAAAAAUUUACUAAC